UUUAUCCAUUCUUUUUUUUCUUGUUCUUGGUCAAUAUUUGUGUUUGUUUUUAUUACGAUUUUUUUUUUUGAUUUGCUAUUCGAAGUCAAUUCAAGAAGAAGGAGAAAAAAUCCAAGAAAACAAAAAAAGUUCAUUAUUGGAUUUAUAUUGUUGUUGGUUAUCUUUUGUUUAUAAAUAAUAAUAAAUAACGGAGCCUUCGGGCUUGACUAUGAGUGCGCUAGCAGAUUUUUCUCAUAAAUUUGGCUCACAACCUCGGGAAUUGAAGAUUGGACAAUCGUUUUUUACUGACGAUGCUAAUACAGUGUUUCAUACAAUUAGAUAUGACUUUGUUCCAGCAUCGAUCGAUCCGAAUAAAACAUCGUCAAUGGAUUUUGGCGAAAAUGGAAAAGUAACAAUUUCGAUGCCAAAUGUGGAAGGAUCCGGUACGACUGAAUCGGUAUAUCAAGGCCAAAGAAAACCUCAUCAAAAAGAAUGUGUCCUCAUUAUAAAUAAUGAAACUGGUGAUAUAACUCUUGAAAGACUCAACCAAAGUAUGAUUGUUAAAAAGGCACGUCUUCGUCAGGAAGAUAGGAUUGGAAAAUCUUUGGUUCUUAACAGUAAACAAACGACUGGAACUUUAUCAACGGCGAACAAUAAUAUGAAUGGGAAUUCAUCGUCAUCGAAUAUUACUCAGGUCAACAAAAGUAACAAUAUGAUGAAUUCGGAUAAAAAACUAAUGCACAAAAAUUCUAUUGCGAAUGGUCAUCAGCAAAAUUCAGCCAAAAAAACAUCGCCAUCAUUAUCAAAUGGAAGUUCCAACUCUACUAGUUCAUCUGUUAGGUCCAAUGGAAUAUCAGCCAAUAAUAAUAAAAUCAAUAAUAGCACAAUCAGCCCGCCAUCAAUGCCAGUGUUUAAUACAAAUAAUAAUACAAAAUUGGUCAAUAAGAAUUCUCAUCAUCAAAAUGAUAAUAAUAAUCUCGAUUGGAAAAUUAAGAUGCCCGAUCCACCUGAUGUAAUUAAAUCUAAAUCCAACUAUUCUACAAAUAAAAAGGCAACAAAUAAUUGUCUUUCGGAGUUAUCUUUCAGCGAAUCAAGCGAUUCUGAUGGUGAAAGCUCAAGUGAUCAUUUUAGUGAUAAUGAUGAUGGUAAAACAAAUAAAAAAGUUAAUACAUUAUCAUCAACAAAAUCUGGUCUUUCGUCAUCAUCAUCGUCAUCAUCACUUUCGAUAAAUUCUGUUGGCCAACAACAACGUUCCACAGCAGCACCAGCCGCACCUUCCAUGCCUUCAUUUGUUGCUACAUUAUCUACUCCAAUAUUUAAUGGUUGUUCCAUAGAUGUGAUUAAUGAUACGAAGAAAAAUACUGCUACGGCUACCAGUGGUAGUAAGGCAUUAACACUUUCUGAAGAUUCUGAUUCAUCAUCCGACGAUAAUGAUAAUGAUGGUGGUAAAAAUAAAAAGUCAUUCAAAAAAAUAUCAAUGAAAAGGACAGCAACGUCAUCGAACAAUGAUAUUUUAUUAGUCGAUAAUUCAAAAGCCAAUAAUAAUUCAGUUUUUAAUUCAAUGCCUAAAUUGAGUCAAUUAAGUCAAGAUUUGCAACUCAGUGAAAGCGACAGUGAUGACUGAGAAGGACAGCAACAGCAGCAACAAAAAAGUGAAGGAAAAGAAAAAUUUAUUUUGAAUCCAUACACGAAAUUGUUUUAUUUGUUUUUUUUUCUUCUUAAUACAUUGUUAACUUAUUUUGCUAUUAUUUAAUCAUUCAUUUCUCUAUCUUUAUUGCAUUUUUGUUCCACAAUGGAUCAUGAUGGAUUUUUUUUCCAAUGAAUAAAAAUCUUUCUUUUUUUUUGUGUGUAA